CAGACGCACGCGUUGCGCGGAAACCAGUGGUAUAAAAUCGAGAUAUUUAUUAAAAUUGCUCGAUCUAUUAAUAAAAAAAAAACUAGUUUUCUAUCUAACACUUUUUAUGUAAAUUAAUUGUUAGAGAUUAAAGGUAGCUCACACGUCGUUAUGACUUAUUGUAGAGCCUGAAAAUAUAAGUGCGCUUUUUUGUGUCUUUUUUCGAAAAUAAGUGAUGAAGGGACAGAGUAAAAGAUUUGUGAACCACAAAGGAAACGCUUACGACAUGGGUGUGAAGAAACAAGAUGAUAGUAUUGGAUUUUUUGAUCUGUGGCGAUAUUCAACAUGGAGCGAGCGGUUGGCCACGGUGCUGGGUUCCCUAUCCGGCUGCCUGUGCUCAGCCGGGCUGGUGGCGGCGGUGCUGAUCUACGGGGAGCUCACCGCGCUCUUCAUCACGCGCCACAAGGCGGAGCACAGCACGGGCCACGCGUAUAUAUUAAGCAUAUUCGGGGGAAACAGAAUAGUAGAUGACAGUAACAGAACCUUCCACAUGGACGCCCUCGUGGAGGACUCGGUCGCGUUCGCGGUGGCCAGCUUCGCCAUCAUGGCGUGCCAGCUCGUAGCUGCGGCCUGCGCGGUGACGCUCGCCAACUGGGCCGCCGGACGAAUGAUAACGAGGUUAAGAUGGAAACUCCUACGAUCAGUAUUAAGUCAAGAGACAGCAUUUUUUGAUACCAACACCACGAUGAACUUCGCAUCGACGCUUACAGAAGACACUGAAAAGUUAAAAAUGGGUGUCGGCGAGCAUGUUGCGAUGGCGUCAUACUUGGCAGGCAGUGUGAUUAUGGCGUGUAGUGUGGCGCUGGCACACGGCUGGCAGCUCACAUUGGCCGGCUUAGCUGUCGUGCCAGUAGCUUUAUUCGUGGCCGCCACUGUUGCUAAGAACCAGACCAGCUGUUCCGGCGAGGAGGUGGUGGCGUACGGCACGGCGGGGCGGAUAGUCGAACAAGCGCUGUCCGCUGUGCGCACAGUCAGAGCUUACGCGGGUGAAAACGUUGAAGUCACCAAAUACUCAGAGGCCCUGACGGGCGCAAGUUCUGCGGCGCGGCGCCGCUGCGCGUGGUCGGGCGCGGGCGCAGGGCUCGGCUGGCUGCUGACGUACGGCCUCAACGCCAUCGUGUUCGCGUACGGCGCCGCGCUCUGCGUGGCCGACAUGCCGCUGCCGCCCGAGGACAGGGUGUACCAUCCCGGGGUCAUGGUCACGGUCCUUUUCUGCACGUUCAUGGCAGCUCAAAAUAUUGCGAUGCUGAACCCUCAUCUGGAAAUCUUCUCGACCGCGCGAGGAGCUGCCAAGUCCCUCUUUCAUCUUCUAGAACGACAGUCCAAGAUCAACGCUUUGCAGGAUGCCGGAAUUAAGCCCGAGGCAUUUAAGGGCGAUAUCGUGUUCGAUAAUUUGUAUUUCAAUUAUCCAUCGAGACCUGAUGUUAAGGUAUUAAGAGGGCUAAGUCUAAAAGUGAACGCUGGUGAGACAGUGGCCCUGGUGGGAGGGUCGGGCUGCGGCAAGUCCACGCUGUUGCAACUCCUACAGCGCGCAUACGAGCCCGACAGCGGCAAUAUCGCGGUGGAUGGAAACAGGCUGAACUCGUUGCAUCUACACCACUUCCGCAGGAGGAUUGGCGUUGUGGGUCAAGAACCAGUUCUCUUCAGUGGCACAAUCCGAGAGAACAUAAUGUUGGGAGUAGACGACGCGACCGAGGCAGACAUGAUCGAAGCAGCAAAAAUUGCGCACGCUCAUCAGUUCAUCACUAAACUAGCUGAUGGAUAUGACACCACCCUCGGAGAAAGGGGAGCGCAACUAUCCGGCGGUCAAAAACAACGAGUGGCAAUAGCCCGCGCUUUGCUGCGGAAGCCUGCGAUCCUGUUGCUGGAUGAGCCGACAUCUGCACUGGACCCGGCUGCUGAGAGACAGGUCCAAGCUGCCUUGGAUGCAGCCAGCGAAGGCAGGACUACUUUAGUGGUCUCCCAUAGGUUAUCGACUAUAGUGAACGCAUCCCGCAUAGUGUACAUCGAGCAGGGCGCCGUGUUGGAGCAGGGAACGCACCUGGAACUACUGGCGAAAAAGGGCGCCUACUGGAAACUGUUGGAAGACGACAUGACGCAUAAAAGCAUAGCAGCAUCACAAUCAGAGUCCACCGAAGAUGACAUCGUGAAAGUUGAAGUUGAGCAGAAACUGAGUAAAGUUAGGCGUAACAGCAGCAUUUGCUCAACACAUAGAGAAUCGUUUCGGCGAGAUCGAUUCGUCCGCGGCAGUCUUCGACUCGGCUCCAUGUCCUCAAAUCAAAUGGCUUCUGCACCAACUCAUAUUCAGGAAGACGAAACAGAAGAGGAGGUGGAAGAAAAAGAAGCCAACGUGACGACCUGGCAGCUACUUAAACUGAAUAGUAAAGAAUGGCCACUACUCGCUGGUGGAGGAGUGGCCUCGCUUCUGAUCGGUGCGACUAUGCCUGUGUUCGCAUUGCUCUUCUCCAAGUUAUAUGGGAUGUUCUCGUGGCCAGAUCACGACGAAAUCCUCCGACACUCUCAAAUCUACGCGGGCAUGUUUGCUUGUGCAGCUUUCGUGAGUGGCAUCGUCACGUUCCUACAAGCAUGGCUGUUUGGGCUAGCCGGUGCGAAGCUAACGGAUAGAUUGAGGAUACUGACCUUUAACAACUACUUAGUACAGGAACAAGGUUGGUUCGACGUGCCUGCGAAUUCGGUGGGAGCUCUUUGCGCACGACUAGCUUCUGAUUGUGCUGCAGUGCAGGGUGCUACAGGUACUCGUCUGGGCACGAUGUUACAAGGGAUUAGUACCAUGGUAUUGGGUGUCGGGCUGGCGAUGGCAUACUCUUGGAAGAUGACCCUCGUCAGCUUGCUGAGCGUGCCAUGUGUAAUCGGUGGCAUAUGCUUGGAAGGUUGGGUGACCAAGAAGUCUGAGGUUAAAGAGCAACGUGCCUUGGAGAGUGCGUCGCGACUUGCUACCGAAGCUGUGAUCAAUGUGCGGACUGUACAUAGCCUAGGUGUGGAGUGGGCCAUCCUCAGGCGCUACCAGCAGGCACUGCACUCGGCGCGCCAGCAGGACCGAUCGCGCUGGGUGCGCGGGCCGGUGUACGGCCUGUGCCUGUGCGCGCCCACGCUGGGCUACGCGGUGUCACUCGCGUACGGCGGCUACCUCAUCGCCAGGGAGGACCUGAACUACGAAUACGCUAUACUGGUUUCCGAAGCUCUAAUCUACGGCGCGUGGAUGUUAGCAGAGGCGCUGUCGUUCGCGCCUAACUUCGCGGCGGCGCGGCGCUCCGGCGCUCGCAUCAUCCGCGCGCUGGCCAGGCAGCCGGCGGUGCAGACUGAAGACAGUGCUGUAGAUGAUCCCUCGUGGGUGGCGACCGGUAAACUGGAAUUCUCAAACAUCCACUUCCACUACCCCACGCGGCCCGGCGUGCCGGUGCUGCAGGGCCUGAGCCUGGAGGUGCCCGCGGGCAAGACGCUUGCGCUAGUCGGGCCAUCGGGCUGCGGGAAGUCGACCGUUAUGCAACUUCUAAUGAGGAGCUACGAUCCUAAUCAGGGCGUCGUGAGCGUGGACGGGCGUGACAUCCGGCGCGAUCUGCCUCUGGCCCGCCUGCGCUCCCAGCUGGGCCUGGUGCAACAAGAGCCAGUGAUGUUUGAGCGCUCCAUCCGGGAUAACAUCGCGUACGGCGAUAAUUCCCGCGACGUCCCGCUCGAGGAGAUCAUUGCGGCCGCUCAAAUGGCGAACGUGCACUCCUUCGUCGCCACCUUGCCUUCGGGCUACGACACGGUGCUGGAGGCGGGCUCGGCGGCGCUGUCGGGCGGCCAGAAGCAGCGCGUGGCCAUCGCGCGCGCGCUGCUGCGGCGGCCGCGCGUGCUGCUGCUGGACGAGGCCACGUCGGCGCUGGACGCCGCCAGCGAAAAGCUGGUGCAGGCGGCGUUGGACAGCGCGGCGCGCGGCCGCACCACCGUGGUCAUCGCGCACCGCCUCGCCACCGUGCGCAACGCGGACGUCAUCAGCGUUGUCGACAAAGGCGUUAUUGCAGAGAGCGGUUCACACGAAGAAUUGGUACGCAAACGUGGUCUAUAUUGGGAAUUACUGCAGCAGCAAGGUCCUUCAGAAGUCAGCUCGUGACAAUGACGAUCUAUCGAUAUUGAUAUUUGCUAUUUUGUUGUCGCCAUUUUGUGUAAUCUGUUGAUGACGUAUGAGGAUUGAGGAAGUCAUAGUGCCUUUUGAUCAGGGUAUCAAAUAAUUUAUACUCUUAGAAUAUUGGCUGGUGCCUACCUUUUUAUACACCUUUUGUAUUAGUAAAUUUAAUGCGAUUUCGUAAUGAGUUUGUAUUUUAAUAUAUAUGCAAGUGGCCUUUGUAUGUACUUUUCAAAUUGAAAGUUCAAUUGUUUAUUUUGAUUAAAUUGCAUUUGUUGGCUUUUUCGGUUAGGAAGUCGGCUAUGUUAUUUAUAAUAUUAUUAAGUUAAAGUAAGUAUAGAAGCUGCACGAAGUAUGUUCGAAAGUUUAUAAAAUAAUAGUAUAUGAAUGAGGAUUAGAUAAAAUAUGCAACGCUACGCUAAUGGCAAAGUGGUACUUUGCUAAAAUCCAUGACAUGCAAAGAAUGACAAAAACGCGUGAUCGCACGUCAUCUGUAAAGCUUGGAUGUACACAAAUUGUCUAUAGUAAGAAUUAUACAAAAUUAAGGCUUUUAGAAAAUUUACGAUCAAUUUAACAACUAAGAAUUAAAGACACAUUAAAGAAGUUUGGAGAUUCAUGAAAAUUGAUAUUAACGACUCUAAUUAGAUAUACCUAUAGGUAAUAUAAGCUAUUGACUGUGAUUGAAAAUUUAUUUAUAAGUAAUUAUAUAAGCGCCCAGCAACUCAGUUCAGCGGGCUUACUAUUAACGCUAGCAGUAUUGUUUUAGUAUUGUUUGCAUUUUUGUUUCAUAAUCCUCAGUUUAGGAUGUUAAGGACAAGGUAUGUCACUCUCGUCUAAAACUGGCAUUUAAUUGUUUUUAAACUGCAGCUAUGAUAGUAAGCCACUGUUCAAAAAUGUACAAAUAAUGAAGUUGUUAUAAGAUAAUAGUACAAGUAAAAAAAUAAACUGUAAGG